GGGGAUAGUAACUGGGAAACGCACCUUCGUUUCGCGUCUCGCGUCUCGCAGGAAUAGUUAGCAUGCUGGGCGUGCGGGUCGUGCCUUGGUUAGCCUCGACACGGUCGCCAGGAACAGGCAAUUGACGUCAUGGAAGUAUUCGGAUGUCAAAAAUGAAUCGUUGCAAUCCUUGCUUCUUCAGCUUGUUGCGACAGGUCAAUUGAUUGAUUGUUGUUCUUCUCCGCGUCUUGAUUCAUCGGCAUGUUUUCGAAGGCUCUCUUGCUGGCCACCCCGGCGCUGGCAAUCCCUGCCUACCUUGACGCGCAGCAGCAGCCGAUCCAGCCUCUCGGACACUCCCAGGGGUACCGAUUCGACCCGCUCCUGCAUUUGCCAGGCAUCUCGCCGUACUUCGACGCUGUCGGCUUCGGUCUCGAGCACACGGCGCCCGAGGGCUGCAAUGUUACGGCAGCGUCCUACAUUGUCCGUCACGGCGCCAUCUACGCCAAUGACGACGAAUACGAUGAGUUUAUUAAGCCCUUCCUGUGGAAGUUGGAGAAGCACCGCGAUGGUCCAUGGUCUGGGCCAUUGGCCUUCAUGGCGAAGUGGCAUUCGCCCGUUCUCGAGGACAAGCUCGAAGACCUGACGCCCUCCGGCGCCGUCGAUGCAACAAACGUCGGCAAGCACCUGCUCGAGCGCUACCCCGACAUAAUCCCAACGACUCAGCGAAUCCUUGCCGACAAGAAGUCACGUACCUACGACACAGCGGAGAAUCUCAUCAAAGCCUUCCCUCAAAACGACACGAUCGAGAUUGUGCGCGUCACCACCAACGAGAACGGCUCGAUGGAGUCUCUCAUUCCCCACAAGUCGUGCGAGAAGUUCUCCAAGGCGCCGGGUACAAAGGAACAGGAUAAAUUCAUCAACAUCUACGGCAAGAGCGCCUCGAAGCGUCUGCGACCAUACAUGCCCUUCGAGCUAACCCCCUUCGACGUCGUCGGCCUCCAACAGCUCUGCGGCUACGAGAGCGCCAUCACCGGCAAGCGCUCUGAGAUCUGCGCCGUCUUCACCGACGCCGAGUGGAUGGCCUACGAGUACUCCUGGGACCUGAAAUACGCCUACAUGGUCGGCCCCAUGAACCCUCUCUCGCCCUACCUCGGCUUCCCCUGGCUGCAGACCCAGUCCGAGCUGUUCCGCAACAUCCAGAAGCGCCACCACCCCGGCGACGCCUGGCCGCAGGACCAGCGCUUCUUCCUCGGCUUCACGCACCGCGAGGUCCCGCCCUUCAUCGCCACCGCGCUCGGCCUGUUCAACUCCUCGUCCGGCGCGACCGAGGAGUUCCCCACCGACCACAUCAACUGGACGCGCGCCUGGCGCAUGGCAGACCUGAUCCCGUUCCUGGGCCACGUGGGCAUGGAGAUGAUGACGUGCGACCGCGGGGCCGUCAACGGCGACGGGCCAGGCGACUUCAUCCGCUUCAUUGCCAACACCGCCCCGCGGCCGAUUCCCGCGUGCCAGGAUGGGCCGGGCGCGAGUUGUCGGUUCAAGGAUUUCCGGAAACUGAUUGGGAAGGGGGCGAAGAAGCAUGAGGAUUUCCACAAGGUGUGUGAUAAGGAUGGGAAGGGGAAGGGGAGCCAUGAGUAGUUUUAUGUAUGGUUUAAUUGGUCUGUGUGUCUUGUCAGUGUGUUUUGCAUAGCGGGGGAUCUGGGGCUUGACGGCAGUUAGCUUGUUCUUGAAUUCGGAGUCUUGCAUACUUGAGUCGAUCGUGCUGUGCAUGCAUCUGCCUUACACUACUAAAAUGAC